GUAGUCGAGCACCGAUAAACGUCAGCCGUAGCUAGCAGCGGUGACAGUGGGAGGAGCAACACGACUCUGCUCCAGAAGCAGACCGACACGGUCCAGAGUUUAACUAUAUUGCUCUCGAACUUGCUCAUGACAUGGCUGGAAACGUGAACAUGUUUCUCAGAGCUACACACCGAACCUUCAGCGGACUGACUGAAGAUGCAGAGCAUGAGUGGAAUGGACCCUUUUGUUUCAUCCAAGCAGCAGACCCCCAGCUUGGGCUGAUGAAGGCCUGGAGAGAUGGCGACUGUGAUGGAGGAGGGGAUGAAUGGGCAGAGGAAGUUCAGCUGACGAAACAUGCUGUGGAGGCCGUUAACCAGUUAAGCCCUCGGCCGAGGUUCAUGGUGCUGUGCGGUGAUUUAGUCCACGCCAUGCCAGGCACACCUUUCAGGGAAGGUCAGGAGCGGGACCUGAAGGCAGCGUUGAAGGGAACGGAUCCUUCCAUCCCUCUCGUGUUUGUCAGCGGCAACCAUGACUUGGGCAACACCCCUACACCCAGCUCAGUGGAGCAGUAUUGCAGAUCCUGGGGUGAUGACUAUUUCAGUUUCUGGGUGGGCGGAGUUCUCUGCCUGGUUCUGAACUCCCAGCUGUUCUACGACGCCUCGGCCUGCCCUCAGCUGCAGGAGGCUCAGAAGACGUGGCUGGAAGCACAGCUGAGCAGGGCCUCCUCCUCCUCUUCAGUGGAACCCAAACCCAAACACCUCUUGGUAUUCCAGCACAUUCCUCUCUACUUGAAGAACCCUGAUGAAGAAGAUGACUACUUCAGUCUUCAGAGGGAAGUUAGGCUAAACCUAAUGGACAGAUUCAAGAGAGCAGGGGACAAUGGCAGCGCUGUUGACAUAUUUAAAGGAAACACCAUCCUGGCUAAUCACAAGCUUGUGCUCUCCGUCUCAUUCGAUGGAUAUUUAGAAAAGUGGGGUUGACCCCGUCCGUCCUUGGAAGCCUGUUGGAGAGCCUUCUCAACGACGGAUAAUGGUUUUGGGUGUCACCGUAACGACAUAGACGAAGAAGCAUAAAUUAGCCUUAACACACAUAUCCUGUGUUGGCCAUUACAUGUAUCUGUGUAGACAGGAUGCAUAGUUUUCACUGUGGUGUGCCCAAUGCAGAAGUAAUUUGUGUAAAUAUCCACAGAAUUUCCAUGUUUAAGAACUGAGACCACCAGCUUCAGGGUGAGAAGUGGGCUUGCAGCUGGAGGAUUUUCUGGCCAAUGCAAUCACUAGAAGAAAAGGGUAGGAGGACAUUUUUUGUGGGAGGCAAGUGACUCCAAACUGGAACAGAUUAAAUCAGCAGGUGCGUAGAUGAGCCAGCUGGAGGUGCGGCUGAGACUCAGGUGGAGUCCAGUGCAGUGCACACACAAACUAACGUACAGACAUGUGCAGACACCUGCAGACACAUAGUAACACACAGACACGUGCAGACACGUAGUAACAUACAGACACGUGCAGACACGUAGUAACAUACAGACACGUGCAGACACGUAGUAACAUACAGACAGUAACAUACAGACACGUAGUGACAUAUAGACACUUAAUAACAGCGACAUGUAGUAACAUACAGACACGUAGUAAUGUGCAGACACGUAGUAGCGUGCAGACAUGUAGUAACAUACAGACACGUAGUAACGUACAGACAUAGUAUCGUACAGACACGUAGUGCAGUGCAGACACGUAGUAACAUACAGACACGUAGUAACGUGCAGACACGUAGUAACAUGCAGACACGUAGUAACGUACAGACACGUAAUAUCGUACAGACACAUGGUAACAUACAGACACAUAGUAACAUACAGACACGUAGUAGUGUGCAGACACAAAGUAACGUGCAGACACGUAGUAACGUGCAGACAUGUAGUACCGUACAGACACGUAGUAAUGUACACACGCGUAGUAACAUACAGAUGCGUAGUAGCGUACAGACACGUAUUAACGUGCAGACUCAAAGUAACUUGCAGACACUGAGUAACGUACAGAUACGUAGUAAUGUGCAGACACGUAGUACCCUGUCAAAUAAAUAUGUUUUAAGCCUAGUCUUAAAAGUAGACAAGGUGUCUGCCGCACGGACAAAAGCUGGGAGCUGGUUCUACAGGAGAGGAGCCUGAUAGCUAAAAGAUCUGCCUCCCAUCCUAUUUUUAGAUAUUCUGGGAACCACCAGUAGACCUGCAGUCUGAGAGCGAAGUGCUCGGUUAGGAACUUAUGGAACAAUCAGGUCACUGAUGUAUGAUGGAGCUUGAUUAUUAAGAGCUUUAUAUGUGAGAAGGAGGAUCUUAAAAUCUAUUCUGAAUUUAACAGGUAGCCAAUGUAGGGAAGCUAAAACAGGAGAGAUAUGAUCUCUCUUUUUAAUUCUCAUCAGAACUCUAGCUGACUUUUAACUACAUUUUGCGGACUUCCUGAUAGUAAUGAAUGUCUGCAGCAAUAUUAGUAGACACCAUUGUAGAUUUAGGUGUUACUCGCUCUUUAAUAAAUGUGAAGCAACUUAUUGCAUCAGUUAGGGUGAAAUAACUUGUUGCCAGAUGAAAAAUAAUCACUCAUGCAGUAAUUUUCCAGUAAGAGGCUCAUACCCACUGGCCUAGUUAAAUCCAGGUGGUGACUUCUUUUGGCCAGGCAGUCUAUCUCAGUUUAGUCCCAGAAUAAAACAUUUGAGGAAGCGUGGGCUUUGUCUCAAUUAACCUCUCCAAGACACACUUUAUUUUAUGUUUGGGAACUCUGGGAAACUUUCAGGCAUUUGAACACAGAUGUGAUUUUUCUUCACAUAUUUUCAUUUUCUAAGCAGUUGACAGGGUUUGGUUUUCAUGUUUGAGCAGCUAGUGGUAAUAUAAUUUUACCUGAAAGACAAAUGAGACUUUAGCACCAGCUGCAGUAUUACAUGUUUUAUUGUGUAAAAUUACUGUAAAGCUCUUAAUGUCACACUGUUUCUCCUUAACAAUAAAAAAGAUCAUUGUUCAAAACUGGGGCAUUUUUUCUAUAUUUUUCUUCCUACAAUGUUCUCGUUUUCUGUUUGGCAAACACAGAGAGGUAAAAUUGGACAGUGUUUCAUCAUUCUUUGUCAGCCAGUUUUAAUUCUGCAAAAACAGCUUUGACAUGGCGUAACUGAAUAUUUUACACAUUUUUGGCAUUCAUACACCUAAAUGGCUUCAGAUGAUUGAGUUUUCUAUAUUUUCGGCAUUUCAGUGAGACACAUAUUUUUAUGCAAGCAUUCCAAAAGGGUUCAAAUGAAGGCAGCUGGACUUCUUUGGUUUCUUGAAGACAUUUCGCUUCUCAUCCGAGGAACUUUGUCAGUUCUAACUGGAAUAUGGAGUAGAGAGGAGGGGUACCCAGAGUAGUUUCAGCUCGUUAAAUAACAAUAGACAGCUACAGCUUAUAAGCUUGACUCUCCCAUAUUCCAGAAAGGUCUUCAAGAAAUCAAAAAGUCCAGCUGCCUUCAUUUGAACCCUUUUGGAUUACCUUGACCAGAAUGACUGAGAACGUUCCCCGGAAUAUGCAAGUAUUCCCCUCCUUUCCCUAUUUGUUUCCUAAAGUGUUAUAAUUUGGGUUCCAGUUGUUGCCAAGUUCAUUCAACAGUUAAGCUAAUUAUGUUUAAUUUCUCUGUGUGUGUGUGUGCGUGUGCGUGUGCGUGUGUGUGUGUGUGUGUGUGUGUGUGUGUGUGUGUGUGUGUGUGUGUGUGUGUGUGUGUGUGUGUGUGUGUGUGUGUGUGUGAGUGAGUGAGUGAGUGAGAAAUACAGUGACCGUCACUGUAUCACGACUGAUCAUGAGCCCUGGCUACUUGGCCAAUGGGAUGUCCCUUUGGCUGACUGGUUAGCGCGCGUGACUCUCACCCGGGAGUCUGGGGGUCAAAUCCCGCCCGAGCCCUCGUUUAUCCACCUUACCACAUGUGCAUGAACUCUUCUGCAGUUUGUACGACUUUUCAUAAAUAGAAAGGCCUGUGCAAUGGAGCGAUUUCUUCUAAUGCUUGAGAUAUUUAACCCCCCAGCAUCUAUAUGUUAUCUCGGCUGCACAGCCGCACAUAGGAAAGGUGCAGCACCAAUUAGUCACAUUCUGGCUCAUCAGAGCGAGCAGUUUCCACUCUGAAAACUAUUGACUGCAUCCCCCGCUCAUAUUAAUGAAACUCUGUGUGAUGACCCCCUCUCAGCUACUAGCGUGCUAACCCCCUCCUACUUUUUAUUUAUUUAUUGCUUCAGCAGUUACUACAGUCUGCUUUGUCUCUGGUUUGGUUUCUGCUUUAAUCAUGUUAGAAUUAUCUGUAAUGGAUUUUGAUUUUGAUUAGAAAAAGACUCAUUCCUAAUGAAUGAAUAAAUAAGCCCGGAACUGUUUUGACAGCCAGAAAGUGGUGGGAAACAAAUUGUUUUAACAACAUUUACUAUAAUGUAAAAGACCUUUAUUGGUUGAGUACAAUUGAUAAUGAAAUAAAUCCCUGAGCAGCCCGAAGGAAGUAUUUUUUUUUUUUUUUUUUUACUGUUGUUGAAAUGUCUUUACUCCCCCAUCACUGCCAGACCAGUAAUCAUACUAAAUACUGCUCUCGAAGACUAUAUGCUUUGGCCUGUUUUCCAGUGAAUAUAAGUCAGCUAACAUUUAGACAGGGUAUAUAGAAAAAACAGGAAACAGAACAGACGUGCAACAACUGUCAGCUGAAGGCUCGUUGAUGAUACAUUUUCAGCACCAAGAAGCUCUUCCAGGAGAGGACUGAAUCCCCGUGAUUGGGGGCAAAUGUCUAUAUUCUGAGAAGUGUGUGGAAAUGCAAAAGAUCACAGUUGUACUCUCAGGCUCACCCGUCCUUAUAGAUGGAGUACUGUAAUUAGAUUUGUUUUUUGCACCCCUCACUUCUCCUUCACUCUCCUCGGAGGUUUAUUUCCUACAUUUGAGAUCAACACACAAAGAAAGACGGAUGAACACACACAAACACACACUGCCUUUGUUCGCCUCUAAGCCCUGUUUAUGUUCAAAAUCUAAAUAAAUAAAAUAGAAAAAUAAGUGUGCCGCUGAGACAUACAAUGGAAUUCCCAAUCAUUGCUUGCAGCUGUAGAGUUGUAUAUACAGCAGGUAAUUAGAGGCAAUAAUAAGCCGUGUGUUUCUUUGCAAAGUCUUACUGUAUUUUGCUGUAUCUCUCACUCUUUCCCGGUCUCUUUCUGCCAGUUUUUAUUAUCAGCAAGGGCUCUACUUAGUAGUGAAGACAUGUUCAUCACCCGCUGAGGAUAUGGUAAGAGCCAGAAGCGAAACCAUUAGCCCGCUGACAUCAUUAGGUCCAUUUUAAGGGAGCUUCAGUCCCCCUAAAAUAAUCACAAGCCCCCCAUCAUUUUGGGUUUAUUUUAUUUUAUUUUAUUUUAUUUUUUUCAGUUAACUUUUUUUAUUUGUUCACAUCUACAUGCUCAACACAAUCACAACACGUGUAGUUGGUACAGGAGUUUGUUUAUUUUGUCUCAGGGUUUCCCUUACAUAGGCGUAGCCGUGGCGGGCCGCCACGACUGAAAACCCACCGCCACGCCUACAAGAUCCCAAGUUGUGUUUUUUUUUUUUUUUUUUUUUUUUUUUUUGCGCUGUUUCCCGAAGAAGCAGCGGGGACUACUAUGUUGUAGCUUGUGAUCACAGCCGGCAGGGCAAGGUGAAGUUACAGCAUAAGUUACUGAGUUUAAAAUUAGAAAGGUAGCAGUGGAUAUAAUGCUUUUUGGUUUACAUGUUUCAGUAGCAUUAAGAUAAACGAGUGUUGACGAUCUUGACAGGCUUUCCUCCCCCCGCCAGGCUAAGCAUCCCUUAUUCAUGUAAAAUUUAUUUAUUUUUUCAUGUCUGAUUUUAACCGCGUCUAAUACUGUAUUACGGCGUGAGCGCAAUAGCGACAACUUAAGAUCGAUGUGUGAGCAGCCGGAGAGGUCGGGUGUUUCAUUUGAACCCUUAAAACCUCCAGCAGGUUACGCUGCACUGUUGAUGUGUUAGCGCGCGGCGCUAACAACUUAGCGAUGUGGCAUGUCUUGGAGAAAGCGUAAAAACACGUUGGACACUUCGUCUGAAGCGGGAAAAUAACAGAGCACGAUGUCGCCUCGGCUCGUUUACGGCCGAGCCGGUGUUGGUACAAGAUCUGCUCGGGUGCAAGAUCGGCUCGGGGUCCGUCGACUGCCAAUGAUGUCAAAGUAGUUGAUUGGCUGAACAUAAACCUUACAGAAUUACGUAAUCAUGUUAUGUUGUUAUCACGUUACGUUUGUCCAGGCAAAUCUUUCUGUUGGAAAGAUGGACAACUUUUACAAAGAAAUCCAUCAUUACCUCUUUGAAAAUGCACUUUUAGCAUAGAGCUGCAUGUAUAUUAGGGCUGAACGAUUACUGCAUGUGCAAUUAAAUUGCGAGGUGACAAAAGGACAUGUUCUAAUCGCAAAGGCUGCAAUUUGGCAGCGAGUGAUUAGCACAAUGCUAAUAUACGUGGAAAAACCCAUAGGAAUGAUAAUGCUAAUAUCACCGAUUACAUUAUUACAAAUUAUGAAUUAGAAACGUGCCAAAUGAUUGCAUUUGGAGUCUAAUAGAAAGUCAAACUACCAUCAAUCAAAUAAGUACAGACAGGUAUUUUAGUAAAGCCAGAAAACUUUUAACUCCAGAGUUUUGGCUAGCAGCUAUGAGCGUAAUGGAACUACGCAUGGACAAGACGUCAAAAACUAAACCCAAAAUACUUCAAUAAACGGGACACACUUCUUUCCUGCAAAUACAAUUUCACAGGUGUUGCUAAUACCUAUGAUCCUUCAAGGGAUGUGCUCAAAGAGGAGUUCAACAUAAUGAAUACAAUAUAGUGUUUUAUUUUACAAAUACCAUUAUAAACACAAACUUAUGUCUUAAGAAACAUUUUAAUAACGAAACUGCUAAAUUCUUUCUAACAGUAUAGAUGUGUACUGUAUUUUGUCCGAGUGGGUUUGCCGUACUUUGACGUCAUCGGCAGUCGAAGGACCCUGAGCCGAUCUUGCACCCGAGCAGAUCCUGUACCGACACCGGACUGAGCUCGAUAACAUUGACCCAGCACAGCCACUUGGUCGUUGGAGCUGCCCCGUGACUGCCUGAUGGAAAACCAGCGGGUUUCAUCAGACUCGUAAAGUUUCUUGUUUUUGCUGGGGACUCCCUGUAUUUUACCGCUCCCCCCUGCAGUCUUCCCCUAAUAAAAUUUAAAACGAUUCUGUAAAUUCCAUGUAUCGAUAGAAAAAAUCUCUGCCUCUGCCAGCUGAAGUAAAUGUAGUCUCCAAAUAAUAAAUAAGAGGUGCAUUAAUCUGUGUAUCUCCUUUGAUCCGCAUUAGUGAUAUUUUCAGUACCAGAACAGUGAAGCAAAGAAACAGAUUCCUGAGUUUGUGAGUGGUUGUAUUUAUUAGGUGCAUCUAACCUGUUCUAUUUUUCUCUGAAAUGAGAUCAAAUCAGUGCUUCUAUGGGUUGGCUCCACUCUGCACUAGAACAUUUUUCUUUAUUUAGAGACGUGCAAGUGCACCGUUAUGAGCAUGUACCUGAGUACAAAGUUCCCAAGCAAAAUUGAACAGUUUUCUAUUUAGGAGUGAACAGGUAAGAGACCUUGGGAAAAAAAUAACUAUAAUUAACAUCUGACCUGCAACCUUAUGUCAAGUUGUAUCUGUAUAGUUGACUUUCUGUUUUAAGUUCUACUACUUGCUGGAUAUUUUUAUAUAUACUGUUAUUUUGUCUUGUAAUUGUUAAUUACAUACUCCUUUAUUACAUAUAUCAGUUAUUCAGAUAUUAAAACUGUUAACUGCACACUCAUUUGACAGAAUAAAAGUUUGACAAUUAUUCAUUUGUUCUUUAUUGUCAUAUUUCUGUAACAUUUAUAAUUAAGCAAGUUGUAAUUAAACAAAUUAAAUAAAUGACUACAACAUUUCCCCCUGUUAAGUGCAGUAGACUGAAAUGUAUGGCUUUAUUUGGAAAUAUAACAUAUCUAAUUUUUAAUGGACUAAUAUAAAAUCUUUCUUCAACAUAGACCCCACUAAUGAACUGAUUGUCAUUUUUUAUAAAAAGAAGAGAGAAAAUGCACAAAGGUAGGAAAGGAAAAGAAAGUGAUAAAAUAAUAGGUUUCAUUAAAUGUUCUUCAGGUGAUGAAUUAAUUGACAAAGUUUUUGCAGGGUGUGACAAAAAUGUUCAAGGUCAAGCUCCUGGGGCUAAGCCCCCCCCCCCCCCCAUCUCUCAAUCCUAGUGACAUCCAUGCAUUAGCUCCAUUGUUUUUAACAAAAAAAAACUUUUUUUUUUCAUUUCCAAACACUGCAACAAAUCUACAGAAUGAUAGCAAAAGAAAAUAAUUAAGGUGCUGUAAUUUUCCGGUCAAUUCCACACCUCAACCUAAUUUAAAGCUGCAACAGCAAAUCUACAUAACAAGCUAGCGUUUAUAUACAAACACGGAACACUCACCGUUUUUCAUUUGGUUUCAUUCUUGCAUUACUUUUUUCUUUUUGAUACACCUGAAAUUGUAAGUCCUGCUGCUUUCCGGUUGUUGGGAUCACCAGUAAUGGACAGCUUUUAUCGGACAACAUUGCAAACCAUUUUAGUGAGAAUUCAUCCUUGCAUGGCCUCAAUUACAGAAAUGCUGCUGGUACAACUUUAACUUAUUUUUCUUUGUGUUUUCACAGAAAAUACUAUUUCAGUUAGGUAAACUUGUGAAUCCUUAUGCGGCAUUCUCAGUAUUCACAUAAUUGUGUUACUGGGGGGACGAGAUGGGUAUGUUGCAUGUUGACUCAUAUCUGAGUGUGAUAUUUAUUGAGCAGGGAUGCAAGAUGCCUUGCCACGUUACACCAUUAACGUCCCUUUGUCAUAAAAAUUAUUAACAGCUACCAUUCAGUUCUGAAUUAUUUCCGAUACCUGCGCCUUGAUGAGAUCUGUGUGCAGUUCAAGCGCACAUUCAGCGCUCACUCCCACACAGCUUUGUCUCACUGAUAUGUAGAUGGAUUCUUUGUUUAUGGAACCUAUUUGGUAAGCUCUGUCAAACAAGAGAAAAGGAGGAAAAAUCUAAAACCAAUUUUUCUCAAAGGAUUUUUUACUCAUCGAGGGUUGUUCAGGGUCAAGAUGCAAAUUUACAAUAAGCAAAUCCAGACUAAAGGCCCAAAAAUCAUGGAGAUGAAAGUUUAGUUAUGGAAAUUAAGAAAAGGAAGAAUUGCAGAUUACAGAUUAAAGAUAGGUUCAUCAUUAUUGAUCCCAAACUGAUGUAUUUAUUUAUUAUUUAUUUUGAUGUUUGGAUCAGAUUAGCAUUUAUGUGAUUUACUUGAUAAUAUUUUUAAACAAAGUUACAUAUUACGAAUGAUUUGGUUCUGAUGGUUGCAGCAUAUAAACAUAAUAAUAUAACAUAAAUAAUGUGGAUAUUAGAAGAAGUUCCACUUUCCUUUCUGUGCAUUUUUCCAGCAGCCCCAGUCCUGAAUUCAAUUUGACUCAGGGGGUAAUUUUCCUCUGCUUGCAUUCAAUAUGUUUUCAUCACACUGACUGCUUACUCUGGAUAUUUUCUGAGCUCUCUAAUACCACACCUCCCCUCCCCUACUCCCACUCUCACCUCCUUCAUUUGUCACAGCAAAAGGCCAGUCCUCAAAACGGGAGUUUGUAUCGCAAAGAAAAACAGGCACAAAAGAUUUGGCACCAUCAGGUGAACACGACUUUCACAAAGAGUUAGACGAGACGUGGAGUUAUCAGGACGGGCAGUGCGGACCGCAAAUCCACUUUGCAAAAAAAUGGGAAUGUAUAGAACACAACAAAGGCUUUCAGAAAUACCAACAACUGGUCAAAUCACAUUUAAUGAUCCUUAUUUUAAAAACACACAUACCGAGGCUUUCAUCUUAGCUUAGUGGGUGAAGCCAGACCAUCUUUGAACAGUUGAUAUGAUCCAUUCUUU